GGCGGGCGCCGGACCCCUAGGCGGAGCGACAGGUCUCUCGGGCCCCCAGGCGGAGCAGCGGGCGCCCGGACCCCCAGGCGGAGCGACAGGUCUCGGGCACCCCCAGGCGGAGCGGCGGGCGCCGGACCCCCAGGCGAAGCGACAGGUCUCGGGCCCCCAGGCGGAGCGGCGGGCGCCGGACCCCCAGGCGGAGCGACAGGCACCAGGUCACUCACCAGGCACGACAGUGGGCUCCGAGUCAACUGGCAUGAUCGCUGGCACUGGGUCAGACAAUGGAUCGUCUGGCUGGACAGCGGGCAUCGGGUCACCAGGCAUCAGGUCAUUUGGCUCGACAGCGGGCACCGCGUCAUCUGGCAAGGCAGUGGGCUCCGAAUCAACUGGCAUGACCGCGGGCACUGGUCAGACAUUGGAUCGUCUGGCUGGACAGCGGGCAUCGGGUCACCAGGCAUCAGGUCAUUUGGCUCGACAGCGGGCACCGCGUCAUCUGGCAAGGCAGUGGGCUCCCAGUCA